AGUAAUAUCAUGACCCUCCGUCCGCACCUCUGUCGACGGAUAGGAAACGUACAGACAUAGUCGAACUCACCACGAAGCAUUACACCGGAACGCACUUGGCAUGUCGUACGCAGCGCUUGCAACGCAGGUCGGCUACCAGAGUCCAAGUGGGGACAGAGAGUACAAGCAGACGAAGCACAUUAGGCGCGUCGAGCCGUCUGAUUUCCCCUAUGAACGCGGCCUGAAGACGAAAUAUGUCUGCAUCGCAGGCCUGGUUCUCUGCUGGACCGCCGGCAUCGCUAUUACCGGCUUCGGUUCUUGGGUGAUUUACUUCGUCCAUACCGGUCAGGCCGCCGACACAUACUGGUACCUCCCGCACAUGGCUGCCGAAAGCGUGCCUCUAGCGACGAACCUGCUGGUGACCCUACUGGUCGAGGCGACAGGCUACAUUCACACCACCUCCCUACGAUGGGCAUUGCAGCGUGAAGGACGGCUGAACUUCAACUCGAAUCUUCGCCUGUGCACCUUCUCGAAGACGUCCGGACCGAACAAAUGGUACUCUAACAUGAUCAUCCUUGGGUCCGUCACCAUGGCUUACGCCUCAUCUUCGCUCACUUUCUGGCACUCGAACCAGUCCACCAGCAUUACCAGCAUGUUCAACAUGGGUGUUGAUAAUGUCUCUAUCGGUGGCAUCCCCAUACUCCUUCUUGGUUUCUGCUUCCUCACACUUGCAGCCAUGAGCACGUGGGCUCUAAAAGCGACGGAUAUACCCUGCUGGAGCUCAAGCCCACUGGAUACGACACUUGCAGCGCAGCACGCGGGUAACGUCGUCAGACAAGCAGGACGCUCGAUGAGAAGCGUGCACGACAUCCACGAGCCAUCCAUACCGGCAUACCCUCAAGACCGCCAAGGGAGCGCUUGGAGGGCGCAUUGGGAGGUCAGGCUCACCGUCGUGCUGCUGUGGACACUGGUGAUCCUUUGCUUCGCUUGGGCCGGCAUUGUUAGUCACCUCAUCCGGUUCUACCUACCCGGCAGCGAUGGCUUCGGCAGCUGGAGCAUUGUCCCAAGCGACAACACCGCUCAAUUGUAUUGGGAGCCGUCCAAGUACAAUCAAACCAUCAACUCUCUGCUCAUCAUUUUCCUGUUCGCCAUCUUGCAGGGACCGCUGACCUUCGGCCUCCACUGUGCCGAGCUACAAGUCAAUCUAUCAAGAGAUGAGGCAUUCUGGCGGAAGGCAACAAACAUUAAUGGCUGCCAGCUUGAACAGUAUGAUUCGGUCAAGGCCGCUUUCACUUCUUGGCAGUCUCUCACCUUAUCCGCCUUCAAGACCAUUCUGCAUUGGCUGUUCGGUCUUUCGGUUGCGGUGCUCAACGGCAGGGUUUAUUUCGGCGCAGCUCAGAUUGUGUAUCUCGGACUUCUUGCGGCGGUCGCUGCCUCCUUUGUAACAUAUAUCACCGGUCGCAGACCUCGGGGGCCCCAACCUGCAGCGUACGGGCACCUGCAAACGCUCACCAACCUCAUCGAUGAGUGGUCUCCUACAAUGUACUGGGGUCAUAAGUCGGAUGGCUUCCCAGCACCGCAUGCGGGAACUGCGCACUACGCUCUGCCGGCGCCCAAGAAUAUGCCGUAUCUCUGAUCUGGUCAUUGCUCGUGUCGGGCUCACUAGCUUCUUCGUUGCGGCGCUUUUCUGGGCAUGUACGCGAGUCAUAUAGAGGCAGCUACAUUGUUACCGCUCGGUACGGUCCUUCUUCUUACUGCAUGGUCUUGCAUCAUUAAGCGACGACAACAGCUUGAUGUCGCUCGAGCAGCCAUCUUGAUACGCCAAUCAGAUGGCCUUUAGCAACACGAAC